UAAUUAGUCAUAUUAUAUGGAUCUGUCAUAAAGGCAAACCUUCCACCAAAUAGCAAGGUUUAAUGCUGUAACCAAGAAGGCGAAGAUGACUAACAACACCGUUUUAUUAAUCAAGAUUGCUCUUAUAUCUUUCUAUUUUCGAGGCUUGUUCACAAUUGACCAAACGGCUUACAUAAACUCUGAUUUUUCUUUUGAUAACUUUAUUCCCGUUUAUGGCAAAAUUUUGAAUUCAUCCAUUUUGAAGUCUCUUGACGUGAAAUGCUACGGAGAUUGCCUUUUCGCCUGCUUGGAUGAGUUGAAAUGCUUUUCAUUCAAUAUAGCAAAUCUGCCAAGUGACCAAGGGUUCCUGAGAUGUCAGUUAUUGCCAACCGAUAUGUUUAAUUCCAGUUUGGCAGCGAACGCCUCGUUCAGUCACUAUAGUCGGGCGGAUCCCUGCGUUGUGCAUCCCUGCCCUUCACGAGGAGGACAAUGCGAGCGACUCUAUGACAAGUCAUUUAUGCCGUACCGAUGUGUUUACGAUAAGACGUGCCGUGAGAUCAAGGCCGCAGACCCGUCCGCUAUCAGUGGCGAGUACACUCUUACUUUGAACGGUACCGAACCAAUGAUGGUCCAGUGUGACAUGACGGCCCGCGAGGGAGUUGGCGUGACGGUGGUGAGUCACGACAGUGAAGCCCGGACCCUCGUCAAGGCAGGUGAGCCUCCUGGUGCAUACCGGCGUGACGUGACAUACACUGGCGUGACUGUCGCGCAAUUGAAGACUCUCACUGGCAGCUCUAUGUACUGCGAGCAAUUUCUCAAAUACGAAUGUUUCGGCUCGGUUCUUUAUAAAAAUUCAACGGGUCUCUGGUUUGGCUGGUGGGUGUCACGGGAUGGAGCUAAGGUGACAACGUGGGGUGGCGCACCCGAGGGCAGUAACAUGUGCGCAUGCGGGGUAGCAGAUACGUGUGUUGUGAAGGGGACGAGGUGUAAUUGCGAUUCUAACUCCUUGAGUUGGAAUGAAGAUGGCGGCAUGCUGACAUUCAAGGAUCUUCUGCCUGUGACUCAAUUGCGAUUCGGCGACACGGACUUCAACUCUCAAGAGGAAGGAUAUCAUACUCUGGGAAAACUCAUGUGUCACUGAGAGGGGACUUCGGGCAUGGACAAUAUGGUUUUGUCUAACCUAUUACCAGUGAGGAGAGAUAUCAGCAACACUUUUACACUAACUAUUACAGGCGCAUGUCCAGAGGGAGGGAGGGGGGGAGGGGGGAUCGAGGUUUCCGGACACCACCCUGCCCAUGUGUACUGAGAUGUUAACCACUGAAAACAUUUGACGAUUGGCAAAUUCGUCGAUUAAUUUUCCAUGUAUAUUGGGACAAAGGGUUCUUACGACUUGUUAUCCAGGGCCGGAUGUGGGCGUGGUCCGAGCCGGCCCCGACCCCCUUUUUUCCGAUUUUUGACUUAAAAAAAAAUAACAAUACAGGAAGAACAUUGAAUCCGCUCCCCCCUUUCUUGAAACACUUGCUUCGCCCCCCCUCCCUCCCUCUUUUGGAGCUCCUGGAUCCGCCCCUAUCGGAGCUAUUAAGGAUGCCAUUUUAAGCUCAACAGUUCUGCUAAAAACGAUUGGUUUUCAAAAAAGGGCACUGGUAUGUGAAUGUCAACUAAAACUUAACCACUGAAGUAACACACGUCUGGCAAUCUCAUGUACAACCGAGAGGAUAAAAAUGAAAAGACGAUACUCUUUCUAAUUACAAGUAUAAUUAAAAAGUAAAUAUAA